GAUACGGACUACACCCAGCUGCUGCCUCACUGCCCUGGCUUUCUUUGCUGCCCCAGCCUUGACGUUGGUUAACGUCGAAGUGCGGGUUAGAUUGGAGACUCUACAUUCGUCUGUAGGUUUUCUUCCGAUUUGGCUGUCUCCUGUUUGGCAACCGUACUUCCAAAGCUGUAGGGAUUUUUAUAACGUUAUAGCAUCAAUUUCUUGAUUAUGUCUUGGCAAAGCUAUGUGGAGAACCUGAUGGCCGAUGGCAGCUGUCAGGAUAGCGCCAUUGUUGGAUAUACGGACGCCAAAUAUGUUUGGGCAGCACAUGCCGGUGGUACUUUCAACAAUAUCACGUCUCAAGAAAUUGAUGUCCUUAUUGGUAAGGACAGGGAGACCUUUUACACCAGCGGUCUCACUCUGGGCUCAAAGAAGUGUUCAGUCCUCAGAGACAGCCUCCAUGAUGACGGGGACUGGACAAUGGACAUCAGGACAAAGAGCCAAGGAGGAGAACCUACAUACAAUGUCACUGUGGGAAGAGCUGGAAAAGUAUUGGUUAUAGUCAUGGGAAAGGAGGCGGUCCAUGGUGGAACUCUUAACAAGAAAGCACAUGCAAUGGCUGAGUACCUGAGGAGGUCUGGAUAUUAAGCAACCUCCACCCAUCCAUCAACUUAGCGGCUCACUCCCACCCUCCGCAUUUAACACUACUUCCAGGAUUAGAUGGCAUACAAUGUUACUUCCUCCCCAGUCUACUUUUAUAAACCGCCUUUUGUUUGCUUAACUUUUCCACACACUUUUUUUUUUUUUUUUUUUUUUUUUUUUUUUUUUUUUUUUUUUAAUAAAUAAACCUUCCCUACUUUAACAUUGUACUUCUCAUGUUUUUGGCACUACAUUACUGGCAUGUUCCUUCAAACGUCUAUUAACCAAAAGUGUGCAAAAAAUGAUUGCAAAGUGUAAUAAAAGUGUAAAACAAAUUUGGACUCUCCUUGUAUAACAUUCACUUAGCAACUGGCUAAUAUUCCAAGGGGAAGUACAUAUGUAAUGGUGGUGGUGAUAGUUUGCAUAGUUUUGCUUUUUGAGCAUUACUAAAAGAUGCCAGUUUUUUUUUUUUUUUUUUUUCAAUCAGCAUGUGGGCAUUUAAAAGUUGCAUGCAUACCCUCUUUACAGAUCCCAGCCCUAUCCCUGCGUCAUAUUCCAGCCAAAACCAUCUUCUCUUCUGCCUCCAUUAUAGAAAAGACACAUUUCCUCUGACAAAGUCCUGAAUGUGUGUACCAAAUCGCCACCCUCAAUCACAACGUCCUUUACCCUCCAUCACAUGCUUUUGCUGUUGUACCUGAAUGUGGUCUUAAAAGUUAAUGAUGUGGUGUUGGGCUGUUGUUUUGAGUGUAGUGUAAGGUCAGUAUUGCUGACGUCUCAAAAUAUUGUCAUGACGUUUCACCUCCGUGACCGCUCUGACAUUUGUCAGUCAGCUUCUCCUAUCUGUAAAUUUUUCUGUAAAUCACUACACACAUGUUAUGUGAAGUUAUUUUUUUUCUUUUUUUUUCUCCCUUCCCCCUUUUGGACCAAUUGUCAGUAUAAGAAUUACUUAAACUAAUUCUGAUGGGUGAUUAUUGGUUUCACUUGUUGACUGUAAAUCAUUAAGACAACUUCAGAUGACUGUAAAACACUUAACUGCUUCCUUAGACUUCAACACUACUUAAACUUGUCAUCACUAAUUGAUUUGUUGCUAACUUCAUGUCCAUUAACCAAUGAAACGGCAAUGUCAUUUUACUACAGUAUGAAUGCAUUUUGACUGUAAACCGAGGGCUCCAACACCUUGGAAUUAUUUGCCUUGUGCUUUAGUCAUCAAAGGUGUAUUCACAAAUUGUCAUAGUAUGGUACUUAGAAGUAUAUUUAAAAGAAAAACAUGAUGCUGUGUACACUAAACAUAUUGAAAAUGGUGUUGGUUGGAAUAAGAACAUUUGUAAGUUGUCUUGUGAAAAAUUUCUGAGAAUAACUGUGUAUUCUGUGCCAUAAAAUCAAUCUGAUCUGUUGCAACUACGAGUUGGAUUUUUAACUGCUGCCCCAGCAAGAAGUAACUUUUAAUGGCACUUUCCUAAGGGAUAUUUUGGCAUCCGUAAUCUCCAGACUUUGUGGAAUAUGUACAGAAUUAAACGACAGAAAAGAAGUUUGCAAUAUUUUUUUUUUUUUUUUGUUGGAAAUUCCUUCUGCCACAAAAUCUGCUAUUUCAAAUGCCAUGAAUUGAUGAGACAUCUUGUUUACAGACAGAUCCAAUAAAAGUUAUUCCAACCAGA